UGCCCAGCCACCGGGCGGGCGUAGGACCCGGGAGUCCUGGGGCCGGUGGACCCGGGGCCAGUUGCGGGUUAUCGGCUCCGGGAGGCUGAGGAUGGUCUGGGUGCCGAGUGCUCGGGACACGUCGUGGAUGGAUGAGGCUUAAGCGGUCCUGCACUUGGGGACAGUUUGCAUUGAAGUGUGGCUCGACAGAAGGAGAGGCAACAGUUUGGGCGAAGACAGGUUAUGAAGAGAAGUCAAAGUCAAUUUUGUAGUGUGCCAACUCUUUGCCUUGUUAGCAGCCGUUUGGUUUCGGACUUACCUACAUUCAAGCAAAACUAGCUCUUUUAUCAGACACAUAGUCGCUACCCUUUUGGGCCUUUAUCUUGCAUUUUUUUGCUUUGGAUGGUAUGCCUUACACUUCCUUGUACAAAGUGGGCUUUCCUACUGCAUCAUGGUCACAGCAGGAGUGGAGAGCAUGCACCAAUGUUGUUUUGUGUUUGCUUUGGGAUACCUCUCAGUGUGUCAGAUUACUAGAGUCUAUAUCUUUGAUUAUGGACAAUAUUCUGCUGAUUUUUCAGGCCCAAUGAUGAUCAUUACCCAGAAGAUCACUAGUUUGGCUUUCGAAAUUCAUGACGGGAUGUUUCGAAAGGAUGAAGAACUGACUCCGUCGCAGAGGGGACUGGCUGUGAGGCGCAUGCCAAGUCUGCUGGAGUAUGUAAGUUAUACCUGUAACUUCAUGGGCAUCCUGGCAGGCCCGCUCUGCUCUUACAAAGACUACAUUACUUUCAUUGAAGGCAGGCCAUCCCACGUGGCACAGUCCAGUGAGAAUGGAAAAGAAGAGCAGCAACAUGAAAGGGCAGAUCCGUCUCCAAACGCAGCAGUUACGGAGAAGCUCUUAGUCUGUGGACUCUCGUUAUUGUUUCACUUGACCAUCUCCAGCCUGCUACCCGUGGAGUACAACAUCGACGAGCAUUUCCGAGCCACCGCGUCGUGGCCGGCCAGAGCCACCUAUCUCUACGUCUCUCUUUUGGCUGCCAGACCUAAGUACUAUUUUGCAUGGACCUUAGCUGAUGCCAUUAACAAUGCUGCCGGCUUUGGAUUCAGAGGCUACGACAGGAGUGGAGUGGCUCGUUGGGACUUAAUUUCUAAUUUGAGAAUUCAGCAAAUAGAGAUGUCAACAAGUUUUAAGAUGUUUCUCGAUAAUUGGAAUAUACAGACAGCUCUUUGGCUCAAAAGGGUGUGUUAUGAGCGAGCAACCUUCAGCCCAACAAUCCAGACAUUCUUUCUCUCUGCCAUUUGGCAUGGGGUCUACCCAGGAUACUAUCUGACAUUUCUAACAGGAGUGUUAAUGACAUUGGCAGCCCGGGCUGUGAGAAAUAACUUUAGGCAUUAUUUCAUUGAACCCCCUCAACUUAAGUUCUUUUAUGAUAUCAUCACGUGGGCGGUUACACAGCUGACAAUAAGUUACACGGUGGUGCCGUUCGUGCUUCUUUCUAUAAAACCAUCGUUCACGUUCUACAGCUCCUGGUAUUAUUGCCUUCACAUCUGCAGUAUCUUAGUGUUGCUGUUACUGCCUGUGAAAAAAUCUCAAAGAAGAAAGAACACACAGGAAAAUGUUCAGCUCUCACGGGCCAAAAAGUUUGACGAAAAAGAAAACUCUCUGGGACAGAACAGUUUUUCCAUGACAAAUAAUGUUUGCAAUCAGAACCAAGACACUGACUCUAGACACUCCUCACUAACGCAGUGACUGGGAACCCAGGUGAUGGCUGUUUCCCCAUCUCUGAGCAGAAACCAGUCUUGACGCCUUUCCAGAGCCUCCUGUUUAAGGAAAAGAGACUAACUGGGUGGGAAUGGGACAGUUUCAGCCGGGGGUUUCCUGUACACCAGAUUGGAAAUGGAAUGAAAUAACCCCUCCCAUGCCAUGUUCUGUGGGUCACGCCUUACACAAAAAUCUUUCCAUGUUUCAACAGGGCACUCUGACCUCAGCAUACGCCCUCAAGGUCAUACGUGUGCCCUGUUGCUGAAUGUACAUUGCGUAUCCCAAGGCACUGAAGAGGUGGAAAAAUAAUCAUGUCAAUCGGGAUGGUUGAAAGAUUAACUUUUUCCAAAUGAAUGUCUUGCCUUAAACCUUCUGUUUCCUAAAAUGUUGUUCCUGGAUGGGAUUUUCAAGUGUAAUAAAUAGUGUGGGGAGACAGUUUCAAUAUUUGACAUGGUGUGCUGCAGAGGGGGAUUGAGGAGAAGCUUAGAAACAGGUAUUUAAGAGUGUGGGUACUUUCAAAAUGCAAUAAACAUCUCAGUAUUUGAAAGGUUUCUUCAGGUCUCUCCGAGGGCUGUGCACACAGUGUAAACAUUCAGGACUAAAUUACAGGUAGCUUGUUUUGCUGGGAGCUUAAUUACCUGGUAUCAGUUGGGGGCCCUUCCAGGAGGACUUUCUUAAACAUAAUGAAAGGUUGGCAAUGUGAUAUUUUAGGCUUAUUUUCUUAAAAAAAAUAAAAUAAUUAGAGGGAAGAUGAGGUAAGCAGGCCAGAAUGAAGAAUGUGUGGCCCAGAGGCAGAGGACUUCCCCCUCCAGUGUCUAAGAUUAAUGUGACUGUGGGGGACACAAAGUUUGAUAAGUUGGUAAUGCUAUAGACUUUCUGAAGAAAUUUCUUGAGCAUAAAUUGCAUAGAAUUACAGGGGUUAUAAGAGUAACCGUGGUAGAGGGAUUCGAAGAUUUUGAAUGAAAUCUCUAGUAAUUAAGGUUAUUAUAUGGUUCAUCAAUUUCCUGUCCCUCUCAUUUUCAUUGCUAUCUGGGAGAGAUUUAGGGAAAAGAAAACUUCGUUGAUGAGUCUAAAUGACAUUUUUUUUAAACUAAUAAAUUAGUUUUUACACUCUUCAUGCAUGCACUCUUCUUCUUCAGUUAAACUCUUGUUAAAAUGGAUGUUAAAUUCUCUCAAAACAAGUGUGUGUUUUCCUGUCAGGGGUCACUGCUGCCCUGAGUGACUGGAUAUGUCUUAAAUCCCACAGCAGUGUGCUACAGCAGCCAUAAGUGAGGGGUGGGUUGAGGCUGUGGAACUGAGCCUGGGCCUGUAGCUUCUGCCUUGUGAGACCCAAAGGCUGGGCCUUUGGGCCCUCACUGUUAUUUGACCAGUCUCCUUUGUGAAAUUAGUUCUGGUUUUGCCUUAAUAUUUCAAACAAAAUGCAGAUUGUCAGUCUACAAUGAGUUGGUUCUUGUUUUUUGUCGGGAAUACAUUUGUAAGUAAAGUUAAGGAGGAACCAGCAACGGUGGUGUAAACUUUAAGGUGUCAGCGGAAGAAGAACACCAGCACGGCAUUCUAGGACUUCAGAGGCACAUGGCGUGUUUGCUUUUCUGAAGGCUAAGUCUUUGCCUCUGAUGAGGAGAGUCCUCUCCUUGCCCCUCCCGCAGGAAAUGGUCAGUAAAUACCUUUUCUUAGUUUCGCCAUCAGGCUGUGGAAUUCGAGAAGAAAGAAAAAAGUGUUUUAUGGAGAGUGUCUGUCCCUAAAUGUCUCUGAGAUUUCAUGGGCUUGGUGGAGAAUCCAGUCACUAAUGGUCAAGAAAGCCCUAGGCGUUAUUUUAUAAGUAAAAGCCAGUGGAAACUGCUGACGGCUUGCUUGGUCUCUCCAGCCGAAUGACCCCCAUUUAUUUCUGUUACGUGCACACGUUUUAUUUCUUGGUCUAUACUCUGAGUCACUCUUGCCUGUUUCCUCUCAAGGAAGACAGUUGACAAAUGUUCUGGUUCCCAGCAAUACACAGCUUAUCCAACUUGACUUUUUUUUUUUUUUUUUUCCGUAUUUCUACAGCUACUAGUUACAUUUGUAAGAUCAUUUUUUAGGUAGAUGGCUAUCUUCUAAUUUGGAGACAUAAUCCAAAUGCCAUCUAAAAGAAGUUAGAUUCUCAGUUUUUCUCAAAAAGGAUGUUCUAUGAAAUACCUAGUUGAGCUGCUGUGAAGAUUAUUUUGCUUUGACUUAGAAGGAUUUAGAACUCAUGUUUGCACUACUGUUAAUUGUGAAGGCAGCCAUACUUUGUGCUUACUGUGUUUAACUGGCAGAGCAGGUUUUGCUGUAUGUUUAUGUUUUGUUUUUUACAUUUCUUCUGUGUCCUGUAAUCACUCUGGAGAUGGUCAUAUUUAUACUUCUGUUCAAGCGUAUACUACUCAGGGAAAAUAGAACAAAAUAUUCUUCCCUCAAUCUCAUUUUCAUGAACCUAUAAUUGUUAAUUUGAUGUGUCUCGGCUCACCGUUUUCUUCUUUUCUUUUUCUUUUUUUUUUUUUUUUCUUUUUUUAAUAUGGACUUUAAUUGGAGCUCGGACUGGGGAAGUUUCCAGAGUAUUUAGAGGUGGUGAGAAGUUGCUCUGGGCUUCAGAGGUGCCCGAUUGCUGUGUCCCCAACGUGGCUGACACCUCCACAGGGCAUCUGCACACAUGCCACUUUAGAGGAAAACAGUUACAGUGGAGGUUUCUAGAAAGUGAUGGUGACUUCCUGUAAGUGCUGACCGGCCUGGCUGGUCCUUCUGGCUCUGGGCUGAGGAAGCACCCUGCUGCUCCACUCCCCCCUCCAUCCUGUAGGGUGAAGGACAAAGGGAAGGGCAGGUUUGCUGUUGGCUGCUUUUAUCAGUGGGGCUUGAGGUGCUGACGUUUUUAUAAAAUGGUUGGCUGCCUAGUACCAGGACUACCUUUAAAUUCAUUAACUCAGAAUGGGUAGCAACAUGCUACUUCCCCCUUUGCUCUCUCUGGCUUCUGUUUCUGCAGGGUAAAAUUGGAGAAGAUUUAUGCCAUUAAAUACUCCCCGUGAAUUGCUGAUUUUACUGGACAGGGUUUACCACCGUGUAACUCCACAGCAAUUAUUUCAUUCAGAGAAUUUAGCUACUCUUUAUCUUAAAUUACAGAAAACACUUUUAAAUUGCCAUCAGGAUAAGCAUGAGGGUUUUACUUUUGAAGACUUAGGACAAAUGGUUUUCCUACUUAAAACCCAUACCUCAUCAAUGUUCGCCUUGUGUACUCAUGAGCAAAUCUGGAAAAUUGUACUCACUGUUUCCUUCCCAGUUGUUCCUAUGUGUCCGCUCAUUUACUCCGAGAAUUCUGCACUGUAACUGACCUAGACAUUCUUGAGAGAGUAGACUUGUUUAGAAUAAUUGCUUCUGCUGCAUUCACUCAAACACAGUUAUAAACCAGUAGUUUGAAAGGUUUUAAUCAGGCAUCAAUAGUCUACCCUGGCUGAAAUUUAACACAUCCAGACUAACCUGGGUGCAGAAUUCUAGCUUACACUGUGACUGUAGCCUUAACCUGCCCCGAGGACCACAGAUAACCAGGUACACUCCACCAGCGGCAUCAGGGGAAUGGCUGAUCCAUCUUCCACUUGCCCUUGAUGCUAGCUGUCUGCUUCCCACUGCCCUUGGAAAAGUGAGUUUGUAUCAGAGAGGAAGAGAUUCGCAUCCACUCCGAAUUUUCCUGUCUGGUGGGUUAGAAUGUAGCAGCUCUCUACAGUGACUUUCUGUAACACCUUGUAGUCAGAUCUCUUUAUAGUGAUUCUCCUUAUGGGAAGAACAUUUAAAAUGAAAUUUUCCACGUUGAUAUUUUGUAGGAAUGCUCUUAUAAUCAACGAUUAAGCUGCUUUUUGAGGCUCUUGUUGUACAGAGGAUGCAGCCAAUUACAUUUUAAUUCGUAGGCUGCUUAAUAAUGUUUUGUAUGUUUUCAGAUGAUAAUUUAUUUUAAUAGGUUUUUAACACAAUGCAAACUCCAGUGAAGAACUGACAAGAAGCUCCAUAGGCCAUUGGUUGGGAAAAUUUUAUCAAACAGAACCUAAUGACACAUUUCUAUGCCAGCUAAAUUGUCUUGCCUUUAAGACUGGUGGUAACUCUUAAUGCCAUUUUUAUAAAGCCAGGGACAGCCUGUCUGUUCUGUAAAUAACACUUCAAAGAUCCUGUACAACCACUCUCUGGAACUGAUCCCAUGACACAUAGCCACCCCCAGCUGUGUUUUCUUACGUUUUGCUACUGUAACCAGCCAAGGAAUAGAAUAUAAGCCAACAGUUACAGAGCAGGGAAGGAAAUGACUAAGCAUCUUCUGGGGAUUAUGUCUGGAAUGGAAGAGUGGCUGGUUGCCUCCUGCAGUCUCUCAGUCGCUGCUCCCAGCACAGGCUCUACUUUGGGUUAACCUCUGUGAGAGAUUGAUUUGAUAAUAAUUUUCUCUGUCCUUUCAUGGGGAAGGACACAUGUAGAGUAUUUGACAGACCUUUAAAACCUGUCUCUGUUCCCACUUGAAAUGUCUUUGUUCUGUAUACGCCUGUGUCCGUGAAGUCCAUUUGCUGCUGACUUAACCACACACUACAAGGACUCCUGUGUUGACUGAAAAUACAACCUUGUCUGUCUUCUGUCACCUAUGUACGUGAAGGCACCUCCGCACCAGAAGGAGAGUCACACGAGGAAAUAGGAAUGAACAGGACGUGGACUCCUGGGAUGUGAAAGCCCCAUCAUGCUAAGAUGAAGGUGGCUGGCUUGAGACCUGCCUUCACCUUUCAGCUGGACGCUGGUGGCCUGACCCAAGAGGAGCCUCAGCUGCCCCAGCUAGCACUUACAGUGUUUCCCUUUGCCUUCCCAGGUGAAGGAUAUCAUGUGGGGUGACCUGUGCUUUUUUUGGUUUUGUUCUUAUUAUUCCAAAAUAUUUUUUUAAAGAAGUGUUACUUUUCAAUGGAUCCACAAAUCGGUUCUCAUUGUAUGGUGAAUUGUAACCAUCACUGUGUCAGCUAAGCUGUGACGUGAUGAUUCAUAGCCACUUCGACUCCGUGCCCUCAGAGCUGCUUAUGGGGGCUUAUGGCUGGCUUUUUAAGGUGUUUUCAACUUACAUGUUUUUAUUUUCUUCUUCUUCUUUGUGUGUCUUUAAAACCGAUUAAACAGUAGUUUAAAAGAAC